GGCAGUGUUUACGACGGCCUUGCGCAAUUGCCACCGGUUCCAGAUAGCAUAUCUGUGUUUACCCCAGGGGCGAUCAUUCAAAGGUGAGUAGGUGGGUCCUGUUGAACACUGCAGUUCAGGAUGGCAGCGUUGAUCUAUUGUCAGAAUCCAAAGGCAACAGUUAUUGGUCCCAGGAAGGUAUCCUGAGGUGUGUAAAAGUAAGGCCUGCAUGCCGCUUAUGCGAUGAAGAGGCAGAGGUCCUGGGCAAACUGGGAGCUCCUGGGGAGCAACACCGAGGACAACACAGACAACAGUGAGCCUGAUGAGUCGUCCUCUCUGAGGUCAUCUUGGUCCCUGGCGGACACCAUGAACUACGUGGGUCAGCUGGCUGGCCAAGUUCUCGUAACGGUCAAAGAGCUGUAUAAGGGCAUCAAUCAGGCCACGCUGUCGGGCUGCAUCGACGUUGUGGUCGUCCGCCAGAGAGAUGGCACCUACCAGUGUUCCCCGUUCCACGUCCGCUUUGGCAAGCUGGGUGUCCUGCGCUCCAAAGAGAAAGUGAUUGACAUUGAAGUCAACGGAGAUCCCGUAGAGCUGCACAUGAAACUCGGCGACAAUGGAGAAGCCUUUUUUGUCCAAGAAACUCAAGAGGAGAAUCAGAUUGUGCCCGCCCACCUGGCCACCUCCCCGAUACCCACCGAGAGUCACCUGUUCUGGAUCUCAGAGGUUGGGAACAGGGCCCCUAAAGAUCCAAACAAUGAUCCUUUGGACCCAGAGGACCCACCUGAGCCACCUGCUCCCAGCGCCACCGGCACGAAAAAGAAAAAAAGACGAAGAAAGAAACACAAAGGAGACCCUCGCAGAGAGGAGCUGACCCCACCAGUGUCGGCCUCCUCUGGUGGUUCUGUUGCUGCUAGCGCCGCUCCUCUGUCGGGCCCGGGGCAAAACGACGAGAUUUUUGAGAUGGAACUGAGCUCUGAUGAAGAGUCUGCACCACACGUAUCAAGGUCACCUUCAACUUCAACAAUGCGGGACAUUGACCCCAAACUGCCUACAGCCAGACAUGCUCUGGAAGGUUAUCCAUUGUCCGAUAGUGAAUGGCCGUCAGGUGAUGGCCUCGGCUUGUGUCAGGCCUUUUCCCCAAAGAGCGACUCGGAGCUGGUGAUGAAGUCUUCAGAGAGUUUGCUCAGGGCCGAGUCCCACAUGCAGUGGACCUGGGGCGAGUUUCCAGAAACAACCAGAGUCACAAAGAGAGAAAAACCUGAACCACUAAAGACGGUAACCAUCACCCCAUCAGAAAGCACCCACUUCCGCGUCAUCCUCAGCUCAGAGGCCAUGGAGAAUGAAACAGAGACUGAAAAAGAAGGCACCCCCUCAGUGUGUACCAUAGUCAAGCCUGAGCCACGUACCGCCGUUACCACUUUAACACCUGAUAGUCUGCUAUCAGCCAUCGGCGCCGAAACCUCCGUGAGUCCUUUAACCCCCACAGAACCUCCUGAUGUCCUCCCAUCCAAUGUGACCACCUCCACCCCUUCAAACAGUCAGCAGACUGAUUCUCCCUCCAAGAAGAAAGGUGUCCCCAAGAGGAGUCAGCAUCAGGGUCCAGAGGAUAUCUACCUAGACGACCUAAAUGUGCUUGAACCUGAUGUAGCUGCAAGAUAUUUUCCCAAGAGUGAGUCUGAGGCAACAACAAAGCACUGGAUCGACUCAGAGAUGCGCUCCGGUUCCCAGUCCCCCCAGUCCGUGGGUAGUGCCGCUGCAGACAGCGGGACAGAAUGUCUUUCUGACUCGGCCAGUGACCUCCCCGAUGUCACUCUUUCUCUAUGUGGAGGACUCUCAGAGAAUGCUGAAAUAUCCAAAGAAAGAUUUAUGGAACAUAUCAUAACAUAUCAUGAAUUUGCUGAAAAUCCAGCAAUUAUAGACAACCCCAACUUGGUAGUGAAGAUAGGAAAUAGAUAUUAUAACUGGACACUAGCUGCACCCUUGAUUCUAAGUCUUCAGGCAUUUCAGAAGAAUUUACCAAAGGCUACAGAGGAGGCCUGGAUGAAGGAGAAGAUGCCAAAGAAGUCCGGUCGCUGGUGGUUCUGGCGAAAACGAUCAGAUAGUACAGUUAAACAGUCUGAGACAAAGCUGGAAACUAAGGAGUUUCAGCUGGAGGAUGGAGAGCCCUCUGUUUCUCAGGAGAACUUGGAUUUACCACCCAAAGCUGGAGACACAUCCAGUGAUGAAGAAUGCAAGGAGGUUAGUGCUGCUUCCUGCCAAGAGAGGCUGGAGCCAGGAGACGGACAACAUCACUCCACCCCUCACGCUUACAGGAAGUCACUGCGUCUUUCCUCAGAUCAGAUAGCUAGUCUUAAACUAAAGGAGGGGCCAAACGAUGUGACCUUUAGCAUUACCACCCAGUACCAGGGCACAUGCCGCUGUGAGGGGACCAUCUACCUGUGGAACUGGGAUGACAAAGUCAUCAUCUCUGACAUCGAUGGCACCAUCACCAAAUCAGAUGUGUUUGGACAGAUUCUCCCACAGUUGGGGAAAGACUGGACCCAUCAGGGCAUUGCCAAGCUGUACCACUCUGUGGCCGAGAACGGCUAUAAAUUCUUGUACUGCUCAGCUCGGGCUAUCGGCAUGGCUGACAUGACCAGAGGUUACCUGCAGUGGGUCAAUGACGGCGGCACCAUCCUACCACGAGGACCUCUCAUGCUGUCUCCCAGCAGCCUCUUCUCUGCGUUCCACAGGGAGGUCAUCGAGAAAAAACCAGAGAUCUUCAAGAUUGAAUGCCUUACAGACAUCAAGAACCUGUUUCAGAAUAACAAGCAGCCCUUCUACGCCGCCUUUGGGAAUCGAGCUAAUGAUGUUUUUGCCUACAAAGAGGUUGGAGUCCCACUCUGCAGGAUCUUCACAGUUAACCCCAAAGGAGAGCUGAUCCAGGAGCAGACCAAGGGCAACAAGUCCUCCUACGGGAGACUUAGCGAGCUGGUGGAGCACGUGUUCCCUCUGCUGAGCAAAGAGCAGACCGAAGCCUUCUUGAUGCCUGAAUUCAGCUCCUUCUGCUACUGGAGACAGCCGCUACCAGAAAUCAACCCUGACGAGCUGCUCUAAUGCUGCACCGACGCUCACCCAGCCGUCCAUCUACCUGGGACAGGACCGUGUGCAACCCUUCACCACAUGUGGACCGGAUCCAAUCGCACUUGGGCACACACAGCUCCACGAUUACUUUACCAGAGAAACAGGGUUAAGACUAAACUAAAACAUCACUUGAAAACUGUAUUUAUUUUAGCGAGUGGAGAUUAACAUCGGCUAAAGCUUCACCACUGGGACACACGUUGAUCGCUCACUCUUUGCCAAGUCGCUCCACUCGAUGACCAGUCUCAAGCUGAGGUCGACGUGCAGGGACAGGAAUUAAAAAUAAAUAAUUUUUAACAAACAGAAUUCUUUUAGUAACACAAAAAAGCACUUGAUUCACUUUCAUUUCAUUUCACAAAUUUCCCGUUAAUGAAACCACGAGAGAGGAGUCUGGCACUAAGCAGGAGUGGCGUGAGCUCUGUUCGCCAUGACGACAGAUAAAAAAAAAAAAAAUGAGGUACCAGCUGAUGGAAAUUGGCUCGCUCCUCCCUACUGUAGCAAAGCUGCUGGGAGUUUAGCUUUUCUGACACUCUUACACCACACACACACACACACAUUAUUGGCUUCUUUUUAAAGGUCAUGACCUUCUGUGCACAUUGAGUUAUGUUUGGUAUUGUUUGUGAUCAAGAUAAAAUCUCAGAAUAUGCCAAGAAUGUAUGGAUCCCCGCUUAGUUGCGACUAAACGAAGCAGCUUCGUGGCGUCUUGUCCAGCGGUUGCUGUAAGAUGUUUGUUCUGUUGUACAAGCUUUGCUAAUCAGGUGUGUUCUGGUAACAACAUAGUCGCUAUUUAAAAUUUAAUAUAUUAAGUUAUUGAUUUCUGUUGUGAUUCCGUCGCCUGUCAGGAAAAGAGUAAUUUAUCUCCGGCGUAACGAGGAAAUACUUAAAAUGCUUUUCUGCGCGGUUGGCCACAGAUUCUCGCGCUUCUCGGCUUUGUCCGACUUCUCUUCAGUGGCGUCCCCCGCAGCAUACCGCUUAUUUUAUUUUCUGGUGAGGCUCUCGACACGCAAGGCACAUACAGAUUCCCAGAAAAACCUCAAAGUCCACAGCUUUAGUAUUAAAACACGUCCCGAUGUAAAGACGCUGAAGUCGCGGCCGAGCCGAAAGCAGCUUAUAAAUUAAGGAUUUUCUUUGGAAAGCUUCUUCCCUGAAAGAUUAUAGGAUGAUGUUGGUGCGUUUUUGAGUGUCUGUGGGUGCGCGCGUACGUAACCUAGAUCACUGAGUGCUGCUGUUGGGGUGGUGGUGUCCUGCGCCCCGCCUUUAUUCUCCCUCAGUGGAUGUACCGAGACUUGCACUUUGUCUAAGCUGCAGACUUAAAAUCUUGCUUCUAACCAACAUGCACUUCACUCGCUAUCUUUAUUAUGAGGUAAUCUAAUGUAUGCCAUCGUCACGGAAGGAAGAGUUCUUGUUUUACUUUUUAGGAUCUAUGAGUUUUAUCUCACAUAGGACGAUUUGAAGAUGUUCAGUAGCGGCGGCUUUUCUUGUGUUUUGUAAGUCAGAAGUGUGAACAAAAAGCUAAAUGUCGGGGAAGGAAAAAACCACGAGGGUAGCAUCCCCUCCACCUCAUUGCUUCAGUACGUGUGUGUUCGUGCAUGUUUAUUUGUAUGACCGAUAAGACGGGAGCUGACGGAGUUCCUCUCGUGAGCCGAGGAAGAGAAAUUAGCUUUAGUUCGGACAUAAACAGGAAAUACUCGACUGUCCGGGAAGCUUUUUGAAGCUCCUCCUUGGCAUUAUGUGUGAUUUAGAGGGACGUGAUUUAACGACCUGGAUGGUAUCUUUCUCCCGAGUUUGAACAUAAGGAAAACUGAAGGUGCUGUUAGCGACCAGAACCAGGGGGACAGGAAAAAAAAAAAAAGCACAAUGUAAAAGUUAUAGCUGCAUCUAGUUUCUCUCAGUACUUUGAGUAAUGUUGCUCUGACGUUUUGUGGUUUGCGAUGCGUGUCUGUUUCUGAUUCCUUGGCUUCUUCUCUACAAAGUUCGAAGUCGGAUUGGUUUAUCUUAGAAUUAACAAAAGGAAUUUCAUUCUUUCUAUGAAAGUAAAGCAUCUUGUGUGAAAGAAUCACACUUCAUCCUCUAUGAUUCCAGGAUAUAUAGUAUAAAAUGUUUGUUCUCACUCACUGCUGUGAAAAAGGAUCCGAUUAUAUAUGCUGAUCAUGACAUUUUUCUGUCUCGAUGCCUUUUUGUUCAUGUCAUUUCUUACAAACGUAUAUCGCAAUUUGUGUUUAUUUUGUUUGGAUGUAACGCUUGCUAUUUGAUUCGUUUCUGACCAAUAUAAAUGCUUUCCAUGUAUGCUGUGUUUUGAUUUGUAUAGAGAUGUGGUUUAAAUUGUGUUUGAAGAAACAAAUCUCUGGUAAGAAGAAGAAAAAUACAGGCCUAAUGAAACUAGCAAUAUGUGGCUUGUGGUCCUAUUUGUAUUAAACAUCUAACUAGAUC